CGGGUUUCGGACCAGCCCUAGAGCGGAUUGCUGCGUUGGUUGUUGCAAAAGGUCGAUUUGCUUUCUCGCUCGCUCGCUCGCCUGCUGUUGUGCAUGAUUCGGAGGGAGAGAGAGAGAGUGACAGAAAUUCGUGAGGUCGCUGAAAGCGGGGAACCCAGCAGCCGUUUGACCGAUCCAUCGAGCGUCGCGACGGCGAUUACGAUUAUGUGAAAUAGUGUGAGCAGGUGGGGUGGGGUGGGGUAGGGAGGGGCUGCUGAGAAGCAGCUUUGGCGAUGGUGAUGCUGUGGCUUCCUGGUGCCUGCCUCUGGGGAGGUAGUUUCCAAGUGGAAGGCGUUCUAGAUCGUUGCAACUUCCGGCUCGUGUCACCUUGCUAGCCCGAGCAGAAAGACGGAGGAGAUUACCACCGUCGCCAUGUGUUGGAUUGGUUGAGAUUGGAAUGAACUAGAGCUUGGGCAGGGAGUGGACAUCGGUGGAAAGGUCCGACGGUGGAUUGAUUGGAGGGGACUGGUGGGUGGUGGCGGCGGUUAGGAGAGAAAGGUGUGUGGGAUUUCGUGUAGAUGGGCUGCACGUUUGAAGCUGGGGGAGUGAAAGUGUUGUGUUUUGGUGCCUGAAUUUUAGGGAGUUGGGUGGGGUGCGCGAGAAAGAGUGUUGAGAGGCGGACCUUGGUGGAAGUUGUUCUUUUGGGGUAGCGUAUGGGUUGAUUCGUCUCGGGUCUAGAAGAUUAUGCGAUGCUUGUGGACGUUCUGGUGAACGCUGCAUAUGUUUUGAGGAACAUUUUGAACCGACCUAUUUGAUGAGCCAGUGGCAGCAUUCUGGAUGAUUUAAUACAUUUCGACGUCGGAAACCAGCGGAGAACCGCUGAUAAAUUGAAUUUCUUUAGACUUGGGCUGGGGAGUUCAGAGUAGUCAGAUCUGUUACUCAACACUCCAGCGAACGGCUUUCUGUCAAUUUCGUUCAUAGGCUGGCCCGUUCCCUGGAGCAUUGCCGCUCAAGCUGAAGGCCUAAUGGGAUGGUUCAGGCAGAUACGGGUAUUCUUUGUUGCAUUGACCGUCUUCUUUGAAUACAGGUUGGUACAGAAGAGAGAAAAAAGGGCCAAAAGCUCGUCCGAGAAAACCAAGCUAUGGAAGAAUGUGCACGAACGUAAUGCAAAACGUGUGUACAAUGCCAUAGUAGGUCUUGAGGGGUUAUGGGUGAAGGCGGGUCAGUACUUGUCCACAAGGGCCGACGUUUUGCCUGACCCUUACAUCCAAGUUCUCCGUCAGCUUCAGGAUUCCCUUCCUCCACGUCCUAUUAAGGAGGUGAGUGCAACCAUAAAGAAAGAGUUGGGUAAGGACCCUUCAGAGAUUUUUGCUCGCUUCGAUACUACUGCACUUGCAACAGCUUCGAUUGCGCAAGUUCAUCGAGCCCUCACCAAGGAGGGUGUCGACGUUGUGAUCAAGGUCCAACAUGAAGGCAUUAAAGAUAUCAUACUACAGGAUCUGAAAAAUGCACGAACUAUUGUACAAUGGGUUGCAUGGGCUGAACCUGAUUAUGACUUUGGGCCUGUUAUGGACGAAUGGUGCAAUGAAGUGCCCAAGGAGUUAAACUUCAAAUUAGAAGCUGAGAACACUCAGAAAGUGGCCAAGAAUCUGGAUUAUCGCAGUAAAGGAGCGUCUGCAGAGCUAUCCAAGAGCCAUGUUGAUGUAUUGGUGCCAGAGGUUUUGCAGUCAACAGAGAAGGUGCUCAUAAUGGUCUAUAUGGAUGGGGUUCGCCUCAGUGACGUGGCAAAACUCAAAGAAUUAGGAGUGGACAUGCAAACAUUGGUGGAAUCAAUUACACGUUCCUAUGCACAUCAGAUAUAUGUUGACGGUUUUUUCAAUGCAGAUCCUCAUCCAGGAAAUUUUCUAGUCAGCAAAGUGCCUCCAUUCAAGCCUAUUCUCUUGGAUUUUGGUCUCACCAAGACUUUGACGUUCACUAAGAAGCAGGCGCUUGCGAAGAUGCUUCUUGCUUGUGCCGAGGGAGAUUAUGCUGCAUUGUUGUCUGCUUUUACGGAAAUCGGGUUGAAGCUUCGUAUGGAUAUGCCGGAAGAUGUCAUGCAAGUCACAAAUUUCUUCUUUCGUCGUUCUAUUCCAGGAAAGGAAUCCCCGGAAGAUAUAAAGCAGUGGACGAAGGAGAACGAAGAAAGGAAGAAACGAUUUCAAGAAAAGCAGAAGGAAGAGGAAGAGAAUGGUGCCAGUCUUCAUCGUAGCCCUGUAGAUGCUUUUCCAGGAGAUAUUGUCUUCUUCAUGCGAGUAUUGAAUCUUCUUCGCGGUUUAUCUUCAAUGCUCGGAGCAAGAGUUGUGUACCUCGAAGUCAUGCGCCCGUUUGCAGAGGCAGCCUUGUUCAGUGGAAACGUCUUGGGAAGUGGACGCAUGCUGGAAACUGAAAGCUGGGUGCAUAAAACACCCUCACACUCUAGUGUGGAGACAAAACUGCGGGAAUUAUUGCUUAACUUGGGGCGGGAGGACUCGAUCCUAGGUGUUCAGGUUUGUGUAUACAAGGACGGGAAGGUCAUCAUUGACACUGCGGGGGGAGUACUUGGAAAGUUCGAUCCAAGACCAGUUCAGCCGGAUAGCUUAUUCUCUUGCUUCUCAGUCACUAAGGGAAUCACAGCAGGACUUGUGCACUGGCUAGCUGAUCAAGGAAAAUUGAAUUUGAGUGAGAGGGUUUCUGCGUAUUGGCCGGAGUUUGCAGUAAACGGGAAACAAAACAUCACGGUUGCUCAUGUGUUGAAUCACACCGCUGGCCUUCAAAAUGCUUUAGCACAUGAGCUGAAGACGGAUCCUCUUCUUGUGUGCAACUGGGAUGAAACGUUAAAGAAGCUUGCUGCAGCAAUUCCUGAAACAACGCCGGGCACUAAGCAAGUUUACCAUGCAUUAACUUUUGGUUGGCUGUGUGGUGGCAUAAUAGAGAAAGCGUCGGGUAAAAAGUUUCAGGAUUUGUUGGAGGAGGUUUUUGUGCACCCGAUUGGCUUAAAUGGAGAAUUUUAUGUGGGCAUUCCAGCUGGAGUCGAAGAUCGUUUAGCUACUCUGUCUUUGGAUACUGAAGAAGUGAAAACCAUGAAGGAGGCAAUUGAAAAGCAACAGGCAGCCCAAAGUCUGAAGUUUUUGAUCAACCCUGCUGAGCGUUUCUCUAAACCAUCUGAGACCAUGAUGAAAUCAACCACACCACAAAGCUCUUUUGGUGGUGAAGACGGCAUGUCAACCAUCACUGCGCUUCCUGUUUUGUUUAACACCUUAUUUGUGCGACGUGCCAUUGUUCCAGCAGCUAAUGGACAUUUUUCAGCACGAGCAUUGGCUCGGUAUUAUGCUACUCUCUGUACCGGAGGAAUCGUCCCUCCAGCUUCUUUAUCAAGUGAACCGCCCCUGAGUAGACAUCCUCAUAAACCGUUUGAGAAGAAGUCUGUAGCCAAGGGCAAUAAGAAAAAUGGGACAAAAAAACCAGAUCGAAACACCAGACAUGUUGUCACUGACAUUGAAGCUCCCCAGGUCGUAGAGCCUUCCCCGUCUGCUAGGAUUUUCUUGAACACUAGCAUACACGAUGCUUUUUUGGCUGCAGGGGAAUACAGCAAACUCGCCUAUACGGACGAAAAAUUCGGUUUAGGUUUCAGAAGAAUCACCUCAGGUGACGGCAGUUCCACAGAGGUCAUUGGUUUUGGUCACUCAGGAGUAGGUGGAUCGACAGGAUUUUGUUACCCGGCACAUAAUUUUGCUAUUGCUAUUACUUUGAAUAAGCUGUCGCAAGGAGGGGUAACUGCACAAAUAGCACGGUUAGUAACCCAGGAAUUGGGGCUACCAUGUCCUGCGAUGUACAGUAGCGUCAAUGCGGAUAGAGGCCCUGAUAUGACAGGUGGCGUUAUUUUAGGAGAAUAAACUUGUUACUGAGUGUUUUAGUCAUGCAGUAUUCUUUUCAAGUUUGUAGAUUUACUAUAGUCAACAGUGAAGGCAUUCCAACUUUAGCAUGAUUGAGGUAAUUCGGCAUCCGAGGUUUUUGUGUACGUUGGACAGUUAGCACCAGCUGCAGCUUGUCCACAUCAAGUUGCCGCUUUGCGCAAGCAGUUCUCAAAAACAACACGAGUUUGAGGUGUGAGAAUUCUGAUUGCUUUACAAUCGCAGUUCUUUUAGUCUCUUGUUGAGUUUCAGGAUGUGGAGAACAUCCACUUUGUACCCGUAGUAACCCCAAAAGUUACAGACGGCUGGAUUAGGUUUCUUUGUUGAAGCUGCUAGAAAAACCCAGCUUACGACUUAUUGUUUCUGCGACCGGGAUUGUAUGGAAGCUCUUUUUGUAUUAAAACUAGUGACAGAUAUUUAUUACACUAUAUUAUCUCUGAGCAGUUAAAGCAAGAUUUGUUCAUCAAAGCCAGUAAAGAUUGAUUAUCAUUCAUCUCGAA